AUGACUGCUCUUGAUCUGACUGUGACGGAAAUGGGAAUCGAGUACUGGGCUAUCAAGUACUCGAUUACCAUUUUCUUAUUCAUUCCCAAAUCCCCCCAUGAUCCAUCCCCCUUAUAUACUCGAGUGUAUGAACCUGAUGCAUCAUUUAUGGAGAAUACAUUUCAACUCAAUGCAUUCAAUGAUGUUAAUUUGGGUGAUGAUUCACUUACUGCCAACCCUACUCCUGGAUAUGGUGUGUCUGCUAGCACUGAAUGCACACCAGAUGAACAUGUUAAUCUGGUUUCUCCUGUUGUUGUUGAAUCUGGGGAUGGGCUGAGGAUGGGGAUAGGGCUGGGGCUGGGGCAUUUAACUGCUUGUGUAAAGUUUGUGGAGUUGAAUAGCCUUAAAAAGCAAAAGACUUUGUCAUUUGAACCUAGUGAUGACAAUGAUGAUUUAGGAACCCUGACAAACUUUACUUUCAAUCAGAAGAAAGUUAGAGAACUUGCUGCCCAUAUGAUACUUCUACAUGAAUAUCCAUUUAAUAUGAUGGAGCAUGAACUUUUUAACAAGUUCAUGAGGGCUUGCACACCAUACUGGAAAAAAAUUAGCCUUGCCACUGUAAAAAGUGAUUGCAUUGCCAUUUAUAACAUUGGAAAGAAAAAGUUGAAAACACUUCUAAGUGGGAUUGAUAGGGUAAACAUAACUACUGAUAUGUGGACCUCCUCCCAAAGGGUUUCAUAUAUGGUGGUUACUUGCCAUUUUGUGGAUUCUAAUUGGCUACUCCAAAAGAGGAUUUUAAAUUUUUGUAAUGUACCUCCUCCACAUUCGGGUGUUGUUAUUGCUGAAGCCUUAAGAAACAGUUUUAUUGAAUGGGGCAUUUUGGAUAAAGUACUUACAAUAACUGUUGAUAAUGCUAGUGCUAAUUCUGCUGCCAUUGACAUUUUGAGAGAUGAUUUUGAGUUGAGGUGUAGUUUGCCUAUUGGGGGGCUUAUGUUUCAUGUUAGGUGUUGUGCUCAUAUUACCAAUUUGUUGGUGCAAGCAGGGCUUUCAGAAAUAGGGGACAUAAUAGAUUCUGUUAGGCAGGGGAUUAAAUAUAUAGUGGCUUCUAAGAGGCGGUUGAUUGCAUUUAGUGAUAUAGCAAAGCGUUUGGACUUGGGUUCUAAUAAACUUAUUUUAGAUGUUCCUACCAGUUGGAAUAGCACCUACUUGAUGUUGAAGACUGCAAUUAGGUUCAAGGAAGUGUUUCCUAGAUACCAUAGAGUAGAACAGGCUUUUCUGUGGGUUGUAACUCCUGAACAGUGGGAUAAGGUUGAGAAUGUGAACCAAGUUUUAGCUGUUUUCAAUGAUGUGACCAAUGUUGUCUCUGGAAGUGACUACCCUACAUCCAAUCUGUUUCUACCUGAGGUGUGGAGAAUGAAAGAAAUUGUGGAUAUUAAGGCUUUGGAUAUGAAUGAAUAUAUGAGAUUAAUGUCAGCGAAGAUGAGUGAUAAAUUUGAUAAGUAUUGGGGUGAAUCUAAUAUGGUGAUGGCCUUAGUUGCUAUGUUGGAUCCUAGAUACAAAAUGAAGUUGAUUAGGUUCUGUUUUCCUAUCAUUUAUCCACUUGAUAUUCGUGGUGAUAACAUAAAGGCUGUGUUGAGUACUUUGAAAGAGUUGUUUAAGGUUUAUGUUGUUGCCCAUAAUGCAUCUAUCGUUCAACAACAAGUAGCUGCUGAAGUCAGUGCUGCUACUACUUCAAUUGCCUCUGUUACAGAGGAAGCUUCUGGUGGCAGAUCACGGUUUAGGCAACAUUCACAAGGCUCAGGCUCUUUGGCCAAGAACGGGCAGAACCCUUUUGGGUCUCAUGGUGGUUGA